AUGGAAAUGGGAAUGCUGGAGUACUGGGUGGGUCUAGUCUCGCUCACAUGCUUCGCCAACAAGGUGGAGUUCGUGUACCCGCCACUGACCGAAGAUGGGCCGCGAGAUGAGAAGAGCGGCCUGCCAGCGGCUUGGGAGAAUCUGCCCUUCCUGGCCCUCCCCGAUGGCGUGCACCGCUCAGGCAAGAGGCUCAUCGCGAUGAUCGCAGAGGAGGACCACUCCUACUUCACACUGCCGCCUCUGCCGAGCCAGCGGCCACAGAUCGGCCUCCUCUACGGCGUUUCCUGCUUUCGUCAGGUCCACGUGUCGUCGUUGCACGUCAACUCAGAAGCCUACACGCGCACGCUGGUCCAGAAGACUGUCUGUGCACUUACGAACGUCCCCCUGCUGGGCUCCAUUCAAGCUCGCCUUAGCCUGGUGACGCGCGCCUACUUCGACCAGGGCAACUUCGAAGACACUCAAAUGCUGGCGCUCGUUCACAACCAACUUAACGCUCCACUUAGCCGGCCGAUCGCAGAGCCCUCGUUCUACAUCGGUUUCCACAUCGGCCAGUUCGUGCGCUUGUUCAAGCGGGACUUCCUGGUGCUGUUCAAGCUCAUGCUCCUCGAGCAGAAGGUGCUGUUCAAUGGCACCUUCCCCGUGUCGGACAUCUGCAACUGCGUCGUGUCGCUGCUGAGCCUGGUGCCGGGCCUGCUGAGCGACGCGCACAGCAAGCACCUCAGCCGCGCGCCUCCGCCGUCGCCCCCGCCCGUGCGUGACGGGGUCGAGCCCUCGCCCGCCUCCACACUCUCGCCGCUCGAAAGGCGGGCGGCCUUUGGCCUGCCCCUCCAGAUAUUCGACUCAGUCGACCGAUCCGACGACCAACCCGCCGACGACGACGACGAUGAGGACCAUGACGACGCAGGAUACCAUCAACCGGAGCCCGCAGACAGUGAUGGCGAGCAAAAGGCGGAAGAUGCGGCCCCUCGCCGGCUAAGUAGCACAGGAGCCGUGGCUGUCAAGCUGAACCCGCUGUAUCUGUACAUUUGCAUCCGGCAGAUCGGAAACCUUCGUGAACACCCGGCCUACUUUGCCGCCGCCAGCAAUCCGUUCUUUACCAGCGUCAGCGAUGCCGACGUCACGGUCCAUGUGGACCUGGGGCAGGUGAUUAUCAAGAACAAGUCCCUGUCUCGGGUGCUGUCUCUCACCCAAUCCGAUCGCCGGUUCAUCGACUACAUCAUCCAAUGCGCCGAACAAUACGCCGACGACGGCGGCACGCACUGGGAGGGAAGCGACGACUGGGUGCGCGCCCAGUUUACGUCGUACCUGGAGUCGUUCUUUGCGUCGCUGCUCACCGUCGGCCGCAUCUUCACCACCGAACGCGAAGAAGUCGAUCUAUCGCCGGUGGUGGAUUUCAACGUCGCGUGGGCCAAGGCCUGGCUGUCCACGGUCAACUAUCAACGAUGGAAGCUGCGCGUCAAGAGGACCGUGGUGAGCAGUCUCGCCGCUCCGGUGCAUCCCUCUGGUGCGCCCACGGACCUUCUAGACGAGAUCUCCGAUGGCGUCAGUGGUCUCUCCGAGAAGCUUGCCAGCAAAAUGGCGGAGAUGGAGCUGGCUCCGCUGCGAGAGAAGCUGGGGACGGUGAAGACGGGCUUUAUGCGGAGCUGGACCAAGCUCGUGACGGACAGCAAGGCCAACUGGGAGGCCGCCAAGAAGCAGUGGGAUGCUCGGGCCCCCGCGGCGCAGACCAGCGGCACCACCACCGACGCGGCCGCCGCCCCAAAGCAGAGUGCCGCGCAAACGCAGGAGGAGGCGCAGCCGCAGCCGCAGCAGCCACCACCCCCUGAACCCUCACCAUUGCCGUUGCCGCCACAAGAACCAACCGGGUCGUCGGGCAACGAAACGAGCGCCUGA